CUGGUUCGGGAGGGCCCCGCUCGGGGGUUUAGGCUCCGAGGGGUCAGUCUGGUCAACAAGAUGAGGGACCCUGGAGGGUCUAUAGAGUGGGGGAGCUGACUUGCCCCCCCCCCCCCAAGACUGCCCUGAGUGUAGCUACGAACAGACGCCAAGAGGACACUCGUGCACAACAGGCAGGUCCAGUACUUCGCAGUUUAAAAGGCCCUCUCCGUUUCCCUUUUAUCCUCCCUGCCGUCUUGGGAGACACAUGCUAUUAUGACUUCCCUUUCAGGGCAGAGUGAAGCCGAGGCGUAGACGGGGUUACUGACCUGGGGGACUGGCACCCAGAAGGAGGGCGACCCCUCUGGACUCCAAACCUAUGCCUCUGCUUUAGGGCAGGAUGGCUCCCAUGGUCAGUGCCUACCAGGGCUCUCUCGCCUGUGCUGCGGAGGUGGUGUGGAUUCCCGCCCCGGGCAUCUGUCCGCUGUGAUUCUUGGUGGCAGGAGAUGCUCAGCAGAUGGGCAUGUCCCAGGGUUUUAGCCUCACAGCGUAGGAACCCAGUAAGGGACGUCUGGGCCACUGAUACCAUGGAGAAAAAGGUGAGCCGAGAUCCAUCCAUCAUUGGAAGGUGCUCUCUGGGUUACCCUGGCUUGGCACCAAACUUCUGGAAGGAGAAUAUGAAAGAGUUACUCAGGCUUGUUUGUUUCAUAGCUAUACUCAUUUCUUCUCUGGAAGCCGAUACAUGUGAGGAACGUGAAGAACCAGUAAUUUUAGUUUCAUCUGCAUUUGAAAUUGAUGUCCGUGCAUGUUUUUUAAACCCAAAUGAAGAGAAAGGCACUAUAAUUUGGUAUAAAAAUGACAGUAAGACACCUAUAUCUAUGGAAGUAGACUCUAGGAUUCAUCAGCACAAAGAUAAACUGUGGUUUGUUCCUGCUAAGGUGGAGGAUUCGGGACAUUACUAUUGUGUCGUAAGGAAUUCAACUGACUGCCUCAAAAUUAAAAUAACUGCUAAGUUUGUACAGCAUGAACCUAACUUGUGUUACAACACAGAAGCAGUAUUUAAACAGAAACUACUUGUUGCGGCAGAUGGACAACUUGUGUGUCCUUAUAUGGAUUCUUUUAAAAAUGAAAAAAAUGAGCUUCCCAAAAUACAGUGGCAUAAGGAUUGCAAACCUCUGCUUCUUGACAAUAUAAACUUUAUUGGACUGACAGAUAGACUCAUCAUAGCGAAUGUGACUACGGCGCAUAAUGGGAAAUAUACUUGUGGAGCAUUUUAUACAUACUCCGGAAAGCAAUAUCGUAUUACCCGGGUUAUAGAACUUACUACUAUAGAAGAACACAAACCUGUGAGGCCUAUAAUUGUGAGUCCAGCUAAUGAGACAGUGGAAGCAAGUUUGGGAUCCAAGCUACAAUUGCUGUGCAACGUCAGUGGCCACUUUAGUGACUUUGUCUACUGGACGUGGAAUGGGUCAUCAAUUGAUAUAGAGGACUCAGUGCUGGAGGAGGAUUAUAUACCAGUGGAAAAUCCUUCAAAAAAAAGAAAGAGUACAAUCAUCACCAUGCUUAAUAUUUUAGAAGUGGAAAGUAGAUUUUAUCAAUAUCCCUUUACCUGUGUAGCGAAGAAUACAGAUGGUAUAAGUACAGCAUAUAUCCAAUUAAUACAUCCAGUGCCUGAUUUCAAGAAGCACAUGAUUGGUGUAUUUGUCAUGUUAACAGUAGUGAUUACAUGCUCUGUUUUCAUCUACAAAAUCUUCAAGGUUGACAUUGUGCUUUGGUACAGGGAUUGUUGCUAUGAGUUUCUCCCCAAAAAAGCUUCAGAUGGAAAGACCUAUGAUGCAUACAUACUAUACCCAAAGACCCUUGGGGAAGGGUCCACCUCUAACUCAGAUAUUUUUGUGUUUAAAGUCUUGCCUGAGGUCUUGGAAGAACAGUGUGGAUAUAAGCUGUUCAUUUAUGGAAGGGAUGCCUAUGUUGGGGAAGACAUUGUUGAGGUAGCUAAUGAAAACAUAAGGAAAAGCAGAAGACUGAUCAUCAUUUUGGUCCCAGAAACAUCAGGAUUGGGCUGCCUGGGGAAUUCUUCUGAAGAGCAGAUAGCAAUGUACAAUGCUUUUGUUCAGGAUGGAAUUAAAGUUGUCCUGCUUGAACUGGAGAAAAUCCAAGACUAUGAGAAAAUGCCAGAAACCAUUAAAUUCAUUAAGCAGAAACAUGGGGCCAUCCGCUGGUCAGGGGACUUUAGCAAGGGAUUGCAAUCUGCAAAGACAAGGUUCUGGAAGAACGUCAGGUACCACAUGCCGGUCCAGCGGCAGCCACCUUCAUCCAAACACCAGUCUCUGUCCUUGGCCACCAGGCCAGACUCGAAGACGCUGCAGAGGGAGGUGCAGGUGCCUCUCGGGUAGCAGGGAGAAGCUUGGCCAAGAGUUACUUGGGUGACUCUUGUCUUCUAGCACUGCAGGCUGGGCUGUGCCCCCAUUGACUGUAUAGUCGUAAAAUGCCACCUGUAGCGUCGCUUACCCCUGAGGUCACCUGAAAUCGGAUUGUUAAGGGAGCAGGAUGUGGUGACAGUAGCAGGUCAGCACAAUUCAGAACCAAGGGCUUGGAAGUCCUUUCAGAAGGCAACAGAUGCCCUGUCUGAAUGCUUGAACUGCCUGCCGGGAACAGGCGCCAGGACAGAAAAUGAGAGGAAUGAACAGGCAGGAAAUAUUUAGCAUCUAUAAACGGUUUUACGAAGUUGUCUACAGUCCACAGAUGGGGCCGUGGCGCAGUCCGAGGAUGGCACAGCCCCUGGCCUCAGUGGCUCCCCUCGGGGGUGCUGCCUGCAAAGUGAGACUGGUUAUUUCACAGAGGAAGGUAGAGAAGUAUUCUUGGAGAACUUUCCAUCGGCUUUGCACUUUCCAUAUGCAUCGACGGCCAGCCAUCAGUUUCCAGAGACCAAAUUUCAUUUUACAGACCUUUAAAAUUCCCAUUUCAGGGGCAAAAGGGAUUCGUCAGGAUUACAUGUGUAUGAAAUAACCUCCCUCAGCUUUCUGCUGGAGAGAGGGAAUUUCAAAAGCGGGAGUAGCAGAGGCUUGAUCCACCUCGGCCUGCCUUCCCCCUGCAGUGAUCAUCCCGUUCUACCCUCCUCUUCUGCAUUCCACUUGACUCAUGGCUUUUUCUGAAGCACAAUUUCCAAGUCACUUCCUCCUUCCUCUCCGUCACACACCUGGCCCACGGAUUAGCCGCCCUUCAAAAAGUGCUGCUCUAAGCGCCUCCUGCCUGGGCAGGGCUCCUCCUGGUUGAGGAGCGAAAGCCCGAGAUGCCCCACUUACAUGUCACCACCACUGCCCCACACCCCCAGUGUGUGUGCACAGCUGUCCCCUCACUGCCCAUGCUGGGAAUCCCCAGGCCAGCUCUGUGCUCCUUCAUCCUGCCCCCAGUGCUCCUACGCCACUGCUUCUCCUUCCUGUCUCCUCUGACCAGAACGCCUUCUCGAAUUUUCUCUAGCCGACCAGAGCUUUAUGAAAUUCAAAAUUUACUCCAACUCUUGUUUCUCCAAGAGCUCUCCCCAAGAAACUGCCCUAAGGCACCUGCUCUCUCCUCUUAGUCUGGUAGCACUUGGUCUGCUGGCAGCCACUCAGGAGAAGGCUGUUCUGCUUCCAGCCAGAAGCCUUGCUCUCCACGCGGAGGCCGUGGGUGUGUCCCUUGGUCUGGGUGCCUUUGCAAGGAGUGUGCCCACCUGACAGAGAUUUGGGUAGGGCUUUCUUGUUGAAAAAUGUUCACAGAUUGUCAUUCUUUAAGUUUUGCAAUCAUCGUAAUUUGAUAAAGUAAGUGACUUUUUUUUUUUUUUUUUUUUUUAAUUCUAUUCUUCGUGAGGUCGGAGCAGGGCUUAGAACUGAGUUGCUGACUUCUGGUGCGGUGACUUCAACAUUCGACUUCAGGUCAAUCCAUGUCCCCUUCAGCCCUACCCCCAGCGCUUUUGUGAGAAGAAAUGAUUGUUUCCUAGGAUGGUGGCUGAGUCUAGGAAGGCUCUCACUUAAGAAAGCAAAUUCUAAACUUUAGUGUGUUGGAAUUUACGAAAAUUAUGUUGUUUUUAUGAAAAACGUCUCUGCUUUCAUAUCUUCUUUCCCUGAAAGGUAGAUAUUUCUUAGGGAAUUACAAAUGAAACCAAAUUGGUUUUUUUGGUAUAAGAAAUUUUUUUUUUUUAAACUUGAUGAUAGUCGUUAGAGAAACCCUGGAAAGAAACCCCUUGCUGCGGGCCACGUGCCCUAUUUUAAAUGGCAACGAACAUGGGCAGGCCCUGUGUUCUUUAUAUUUUUAAUGAUUAAUGUUAUGAGUGAACACAGACUUAUACAGUAUAUUUUUUUCUCCCCAAAAUGAUUGGAGCUAGACAAAAACAGUUGAAUUCUCUGCCUCUUCUCUUACCACCUGCUUUUUCCUGGAUCAGAUCUGGUAACAUUGAGUAAUGGCUCUGUUUUGGAACUGCUGUUUUAAAAAAAAAAAAAGUGCCUUAUUUUUAUUUGGCAGAACACACGGGGCUGGGGCGGAGGUGGGGGGGCUGUGAUGCCCCCCAAAGACCUAUCAGAUGCUCAAAACAUAUGUUGCUGACGAUUUUUAGUCUGUCAUCUGUAAAAUACACUUGCAUGUGUAGGCCAAGAAAGCCAAUUCUGAAACUUAGAAUUAGCAGCAAAGUUGGCCAGAAAGUAAGGAGUGGGGAAAACAUUCCAGAAUUACUGGUGGCAUUGCACUUGGAAUUUAGGGAGGGAGAAGAGUCAAGGGAUGGGUCCUGGGCCAGGAGGAGCCCCAACCGGAAAGUGCAUGUCCUGGUGUCACUCCCAUUUCCCAGGGGAGGAUUCCAGAGGAAGGAGCUACACUCCUGGUUCUCUGGGAACUUCCUUUGUUUUAUUGUUUUCCCUGAAAACCUCCUUUAAGCCCUUCCUUUCAGGCCUUCCCCAUUAAUUAGAUUUCACCACAUUAUCUGAUGGUGAUUUUUUUUUUUUGGUCAGCCUAAGUGUUUGAAGGGAAGUUUGCCACAAAGCAUUUCACUCCCAGUUCUUAAAGCUGGCUUAGCAGAAUUUGUAUUUUCCUUCUUCCACCUCUCUUUGUGUAUUUGUGAGGAGAGAAAAGGUAUUGAGCCAUUUUUUUUCCCGGUGGUAUUUUUGAUAAAUUAUAUUUUUACUGAUUCAUGAUGAAGAAUUUUAGAAACUUGUUUGUAUACUUCUGAGCAGAUAGCAAGUAUUUUUGUAUAGUAAAACACCAGAUUCAUGUACAGCAUGUAUCACUAAUCAAUGGACUGAACUUAGUUUUCCAAUAAAAUUGGCAAAACCUGGUA